AUGACUGAAUACUUCAAGAUUAUUGUCUCCGGUAGUUCUGUGAAGGGUCAAGCAUCAGCUAAUCGAUUUCGUGCUGAUAAAAAACUGCAAGAUGUAGAUUUUAUGUUUGAAUUUGGAAACGUUGAAUCAGCCGAUCAGAUUGUACGUAUUUCAAAUGUUCCGGGAUUCGUUCUUCUUAAAUCUGUAUCAAAGAUUUAUUUACCUGAUUUUGAAAUUUCAAACGAUAACGGUUUUGUCAAUGGAUUUAAACUAAAGGAAAAGAUUCUUCUGAUGUCAGAGAAGUAUUUACAGCAAGCAUAUCUUAGAUCAAACUCUGGCGUAACAUCCACGGCAGCACACACAGCCAGUGUUGAAUUAUUGCCAGAAUUUAAUUUCGAACAUGCACCAUGUUCUGCUUCUAAGAUGUUAGACUAUACUGAAGCACUUCAACGGCAACUGCCGAAUGAACAAAAAACGAAUAAUUUUGCUCAUCAGGUUGUAACAGACACUCAAAUAAUGAUUGAAACAAUUGUACCCCUAAUGAGACAAGCAGCUCCACCCAUCCUAAAGGAUCGAGACUAUUACAAAGAUUGCUAUUCGUUUAUGAGUCCGGCAUUUGGCUAUCGUCUACCGCGUUUUCACCGAGAAAAAGCUGAAAUAAUUCUUGAAUUUUAUUUUAAGUAUAAAAAAUACGCAGAAAAGCUUUUUAGCACAAAACUAAAAAGUGUACCACUGACAAAUAUGGACUGGGUUCCAGCUUUAAAGCUCAAAUUUUGGCCUAAUGAUAUGCACUGGUUUCUCAAUCGAUUGAAACAAAAUCGACCAUUAAUAUAUGAAGAAAUUAAGCCACUUCAUAUGCAUUUGAUUUCAAAAUGGUCACAGAAAACGCCUACAGAAUUCGAAAAUUUAGAAUUUCGCUAUUCGUUUUCGCUAAUCGAAAAUAAACUAGCCGAAUUACGUACACCUCUUGAACAGAUAUUGAAUCGUGUAGCCAGAGGUAUAUUUUACCGAUACUUACAUAAAAGUGCCUUUGCAUCAGGGGAAGAAGAAUAUUUAACAUCGUAUUUCGUUAAAACAACCGUUCUAUGGAUGUGUGAGAUAUAUAACUUUGACAGUAUUCAUAGUGCAACAACCACUUACGUUCAUCAAACUGAUCAAAUCGUGGCUGAACGCAUAGGAAAACGGUGGAUUACAUAUUGUGCACAUUAUUUUAUCGAACACCUGAACGUUCUCGAUGGGUUUUCGAAUACAUAUCUGAACAAUAUUUAUAAAAUUCUGCAAAAUGAUGUUAAUCUUAGAGAUGCUCGGUAUCCUAGUCCUACGGAAGAAGAGUUUUACGUUGAAAAUGAACUAGAAGACUCAGAAGAGCUGUAUGAUGAUAUUAUGGCGUUCACCAACCAUCCAGAGUUUCGAGAAGAUUGCAAAUCUUUGGCUAGGAAAAUCACCGGUGGAUCUAUGCCGGACGACGAUUUAGGUACCAACUUUGACUUAGACUCUUAUCUCCACUUGCAAGUGUGUCUUCCAUUUCUUGGUAUGGUAGUUUGGGAUAAUCCAGUACUGUGUAAUUGGCAACGUUGGCAAAAACUGUUCGUCGACACGCCAUCUCAGCAAUUAUCAGUAUUGUUUCCGGAAUAUGAUGACGAUAAUGACUGUCCAAUUCAAACUAAUAAAACACCAUUCCAUUUUUUUCAGUUAAUGACAUCAUUUCUCAAGAUUAAAGAGAUGGAUGAACGUGUUACAGAUCAAAGCUUCCCAAAUAAUAACCAAGUCACGCAAAAUCUUCCACAGUUAGAUUUUAUCGAUCAACUGCUUCCAGCCUUCGCAAUAACAAGAUACAAUUUGUCAGAGCCGCUAGUUUCUGAAUCGAUAGGAGAUACUAGAAAUAAUGGCAUGAUUACACACGACACGAAAGAAGAUGAUGAUGAAACGCUCAAUGAUGUACAGAAAUAUAUGCAGCACGCUGUGAACCUUUUGUACAAUGAUGCCCCACCGAUCAUGUCCAUGUUCGAUGAAGACCCAACACAGGAUUUUCAUUUCACCAAAAUGUCAGAUGAAGCACCCGAAGGUUAUACUGUAGUAACUGAGGAAAUACGCGCAGAUCCACAGCCGGCUUCUGGAUGGGAAGCACGAUUAGAUAAUUCAUUUCCAAAGAGAAUUUUUUACAUGGAUCACCAUAGCCACCAUGUUACUUGGGAACCACCUACAAUUUAUCAUUUAGCUCAACGCCUACAAUGGUAUAGCUACCUUAAAAUAACAGAUAACCUCGAAAAUCCACAAAAUAAUGUAAUUCUGCCACAACUAAUUGAUUUACAAUCAUAG